UUCCAAACAGUCAACAAGCAACAGUCCAGCUAGCAAGCAAAAACAUCUCGCAAGGAUUACCAUGACGAGCAUUUGCAACAGCAACACCAACUACCAGCAGCAGCAGCAACACUUCAUGAUGCUGCAACAGCAACAGCAGCAGCUCUUCAGCCAGCAGCAACAUCAGCUGAUCGCCCCCAAGAUGCCGCUGGGCAACAGCCAACUGCAGAACAUGCAGACCCCCUCCAACGUCGGCCCGAUGAUGGCCAAGAAGAAGUACAACUACAACACGAUGCCGUACGGCGAGCAACUGCCAUCGGUGGCCAGGCGGAAUGCCCGGGAGCGCAAUCGCGUCAAGCAGGUCAACAAUGGAUUCGUCAAUCUCCGUCAGCAUCUGCCCCAGAGUGUGAUCAAUUCCCUCUCGAACGGUGGACGCGGCGCCAGCAAGAAGCUCUCCAAGGUGGACACUCUUCGGAUCGCCGUCGAGUACAUCCGUGGCCUGCAGGACAUGCUGGAUGAUGGCACUGGCUCGGCCCCCGUCCGUUCCAUCUACAACUCAGCCGAUGAGAGCAGCAACGAUGGCAGCUACCACGAUCAGGACUACAGCGACAGCCUGGAGAGCGGCAGCCCCCAGCACCAUCAGUUCGUGGCCCAUCAUUCCUACCACUCUGCCUCGCCCACUCCGUCCUACUCCGGCUCGGACAUUUCCGGUUCCGGUUAUGUCAAGCAGGAACUGCCCGAUCAUCGCAACCUGAAGUUCGAGUCCUUCGACAGCUUCAGCGACGAGCAGCCCGACGACGAGGAGCUCCUCGACUACAUCUCGUCCUGGCAGGAACAGUGAAAACCCCAAACCCCUCAAAAACAAAACCACCAAAAACUUGUACAAAUUGUAAAUAACAAAAAAUUGUUGCCUUAGUGAGUGAGUGAGACAGAAAGACAGUGAGAGAAAGAGAGAUAGAUCCUCUAAUAUUUUUUUUUUCAAAACCCUAAUUUAAGAAAUGGAAGACAAUGAUAUAAAACAAAUUUUUUUCAUAGUUCUAAGUUUGUUGUAAGCAUGGAAGACACUAAACUAACUAUUUUUAAGGACCCAUUAUUGAUAUGCAAUAAUAAAAAAACAAAUAUCAAAACA